UUUCUGUGUCGCAUUAACACUUCAAAUCACUAAAUUAUCAUACCGCAACUCGCCUAUACCUGAACCCAUUCUACUCGAACCACGGGAAGAGGACGGAUUCUUGGAGCAUACGUAUAACUCUGAUUUGGGACAUUAUUUCUUCAGCAGGUAACUUAAGGAAGAUCUUAGGUCUGUUGUUAACCUGGCCAGGAGGAUAAUACUCAUGUUAGCCACCAUGCGCCGCCACUCGUGGUAUCAAACCGAUGCUGAUCUAUGAUAGUGAUUUUAUCCAGUGUUGCAAAGCAGUUUUCGACAUGGGAGGCAAAUUUCAUGAAAAUUUAUGUUUUUGUCAUCUUCAAGUCUCCUGUUGGAGAAGCCACGGUCCUGCUGGAAGCUAGUUUUGUGUAAAGAACAAGUAUAUCUUACGCCAUGUAUGUUAAUGUUGUAGGUCUCGUUGGAUUAAUACUGUUAUAGAUUUGAAAGGCAAUUGUUUUGAAAGUAGGCCUGAGACUUUUUACACAAAAGUAACAUUUGAAGACACGCUUGGUGAAUCAUGAAGGUCAUUUCCAAUUGAUAAUGUGAGCAAUUCGCCCAUUUGCUUUGGUUUUGUUCGAUGGUUUUGCUAGGUGUGGGAUUUCAAAGACAAUCGACGAUCAAAGGUCAUUCCCAGAUAUCGUAUAGGGAUUCUUCAAACUUCAGGAUUUGGUCAUUCAGUGCAAACGCCAUGGCAGCGAAAGAUAAAAUAGCUAUUGUGAUCUGCAGUGACGAUCUCACUGGCAGUUGGAUUUCUCAGGAAGACGAAGCUCUGCGAAACGCACUGGCGGAAAGAAAUCUCGAUUUCACGCAGGUCGCGUGGGAUGAUCAAGACGCAUGCUGGGAGGACUAUUCCGCAAUUCUCAUCCGGUACACCUUCGACUACGUGAAGAAAGCCGAGGAAUUCCGAACAUGGGUUGAGGAACGGAAGUCUAUUGGAAAGCCCCGGAUGUGGAACUCUCCUGAUGUCAUUCUUUGGAAUGCGCACAAACGAUAUUUGGAGUACUUCAGAGAAAAUGGCGUCAAUGUCCCCGAGAUAGUCUACUGCGAAAAAGGAUCUGCGGCGCCGGAAUUGAUUGAAGUUUUGAGUAGGCGCGGUUGGGACAAGGCAGUCGUGAAACCUGCCGUCUCCUGUGGUAGCUACAGGCUCUUUGCAAUCGAAACAACAGAUGCCCGCGCAAAGCAGGCGGAAUUUGAGAAAUAUCUCCAAGAAGGUGAUAUGAUGAUUCAACGGUAUGUCCCAGAGAUCAAGAGCAAUGGCGAAUACUCCCUGAUGUACUUCGAUAAGAUGUUCAGCCACGCAGUGAUCAAGUUCCCAGCAGAUGGCGACUUUCGCACAAGUCCGUGUCUCGGCGUGAUUGGGAUUGAACCAAUCGAUCCGCCUAAACACGUUCUCAAAAUGGCGGACAGGGUCGUUUCAUUAGUUAAGGAAGACUCGUUGCUCUACGCGAGAGUUGACGUAAUUGAAUUGGAAAAUGGGGAAGUGACCUUGAUAGAAUUGGAGGUCAUCGAACCUGUUCUUCAUUUAGCGAGAAAGGAGGGUGCAGCAGACACUUUUGUAGCCGCGCUUGUACGAAAUAUGGAAGCGUCAUCCCUGAAUUGACUUUGCUGUCAAGAAAAAGAUACCAUCCAAUGGUUUAUCCAUUGGCAGAUAGUAUUCCUGAGCCUUUUUACAUAUUGUACAAUAUUCAAUGUAGCGUGUCCUAUUAUGACUGAUUUUCAUUGGGAGCAGCUUAUCUUAAGCUUUUAGCUCCCUUUAAAAUUGGCGCAUAGCCGUUUCGUUUUGCACUUUAGUGGAGGAGGCUUACAUGUCUAAAUGAGCUAAUGAAUUAUCCAAGGACAGGUCUGACAAUGAUUCUAAAAUAUCACAGUGUCUAUUGUUGACGCGAAUAACCCGGUUUGAGAGUGAAUGGAUUAUUUCUAUUGGAACUCUUAGAGGCUUUUUGACAUUUUCUUUUUACUACAGUGUACAUUACGACUGUGUACGAACCUUGGUAGUUUACAGUAGUGCUGAGAUCACUAUUAACUGUUCAGUGGUACCGCCGCGUGGGACAAAUGUUAUGAAAUUUAAAAAAGCCCUGUCAUUCCUAAAUACUGCCUGGAUUAUUAGUUAUUUAGUUUGCAAACAUCAUUUUAAGCUUUUUUGAUUUUGAAUGAUAUCAACUAAUAACACGAUUCAGGUCGCUUUUGAAAUAGGAACUCCUUUUCUAGAUUUUACGGGGUCGGAAAGAUAUUCUCUCACAGGCAGUAAACACGUCCCCGCAUCGUGUCAUAUUCUGACAUGUCUCACGAAAACGCUAAUAAAACAAUUUCGAAUCAUUGGAACUUUCCAAAUAUCACUUAUGACAUUGACAAGAUAUAGGACUACACUUCUGCUAAGUUUGAUGAAAAUCCCAGCAUUGAAUUUGUUUUAAAUCACGAAAAUGUAUGUACGAAAAAUGUCCACGGACCCUAUUACAGAUUUAAUUGUGUUAUGAGCCCAGUAAAUAAGGGCAGAAAUCUAAAGCAUGAAUUCUUUUUUCGUACUUGGUAAGCACUAACACGCUGUGCAUUGCAUUGUUGGGGUUUUAUAACCUCGUGAUGGGAUUUUGUCUUGGUGAGUUUCAGUCCGUGUUUUACCCCUUUUGUCUCUCCUCAGCCAUUAUCAGCCUCACCAGCUGCGACCCUCGAAGCCAACGGGCUGGUUUAUAUAAGCUUAGCAUAUUGGUCUGUGUAAUUAUCAUUAUCAUAUAAUUAUCUACCAUCUGGAGCAAGUCUCAGAUUUCGUCUACCUCGGCUCUACUCAAACACUGGGAAGAUGGGACAUCACUGAAGGAGGUGAAGGUUCGAAUUGCCAAAGCUACAGCAGCCCUGGCAAGACUGAAGAAGAUUUGGCGAGAUAGGAACAUCUCUAUGCAGUUAAAGCUUCACCUACUAAGAUCAUUGGUGAUCUCGGUGUUCCUCUAUGCUGCUGAGUCGUGGACGCUGAACACUGACACUGAGAAACGCAUCAACGCGUUCGAGUUAAACUGCUACAGAAGGCUUCUAAACAUCCACUACACGUCACACACCACCAAUAUCCAGGUCAGAGGGCUGAUCACCCAGCGCAUUGGACGUCACGACCGCCUGUUGACAGUUGCCAAGAAGAGGAAACUGAGAUGGUUUGGCCAUGUGACCAGAGCCAAGGGAAUCCUGGCAAAUACGAUCUUGCAGGGCACAGUUGAGGGAAAGCGAAAGCGAGGGCGCCCAAAGAGGAUCUGGAUUGAUGACAUAAAAGAUUGGACAGGACGUAGAACAGAGGACCGAUCCCUAUGGUGCCAAGUAGUCACGCAUGCAGCGUCGCCCCAAUGGCCUAACAGCUGCGGGACAUGAUGAUGAUGAUGAUGAUGAUAUCAUAAUCAUUAUAAUAAUAAAUUUGAAUAGAAGUUCUUGUAGUUCACGUCGGAGUUUUCCAGCAUACCCGGUAUAUACGAGCUCAGCUUUAAUAUCCCCAGACGUGUUGCAAAAUAUGUGGAAUAAUUUCGUGUGAAAAACGAAGUUUGCAUAAUCUGGCAGUUUAAAGACAGCCACAGCUGCAAUUCCAACAGAUAACACGAGCAAGUCGCCCAUUUGCGUUGGUUUAGCUCGAUGUGAGUUUUCCAAGUCCGUCGACGAUCAAAAGCGUAAGGAUUCUUCGCACUUCAGGAUUUGAUCAUUCAGUGUAAGUUUGGCUUUCUGGGGUUUGGUCGAGAGACCGAAUAUCGUGUAGACUGUCCUGUCCUGAUCACCUAAAUCCGACGUCCAAGUUGUCCCCGGCUUUUAUAUGUGUUCAUUUUAAAGACAAAAGCCAUGAAAGAUAAAAUAGCUAUUGCGAUCGGCAGCGAUGUGUUCAUUGGCAGUUGGUUUUCUCAGGAAGACGACGCUCUGGUAAAAGCACUUGCGGAAAGAAAUCUCGAUUUCACGCAGGUCGCGUGGGAUAACCAAGACGCAUGCUGGGAGGACUAUUCCGCAAUUCUCAUCCGGUACACCUUCGACUACGUCAAGAAAGCCGAGGAAUUCCGAGCAUGGGUCGAGGAACGGAAGUCUCUUGGAAAGCCCCGGAUGUGGAACUCUCCUGAUGUCAUUCUUUGGAAUGUCCACAAACGAUAUUUGGAGUAUUUCAGAGAAAACGGCGUCAAUGUCCCCGAGAUAGUCUACUGCGAAAAAGGAUCUGCGGCGCCGGACUUGAUUGAAGUUUUGAGUAGGCGCGGCUGGGACAAGGCCGUCGUGAAACCUGCCGUCUCUUGCGGUAGCUACAGGCUCUUUGCAAUCGAAACAACAGACACCCGCACAAAGCAGGCGGAAUUUGAGAAAUAUCUCCAAGAAGGUGAUAUGAUGGUUCAACGGUAUGUUCCAGAGAUCAAGAGCAAUGGCGAAUACUCCCUGAUAUACUUUGAUAAGAUGUUCAGCCACGCUGUGAUCAAGGUCCCAGCAGACGGCGACUUUCGCGCAAGCCCGAGCUUCGACGGAGUUGGGAUUGAACCAAUCGACCCGCCUAAACACGUUCGCAAAAUGGCGGACAGGGUCGUUUCAUUGGUUGAGGAAGACUCGUUGCUCUACGCGAGAGUAGACGCAGUUGAAUUAGAAAAUGGCGAAGUGACCUUGAUAGAAUUCGAGGUCAUUGAACCCUUUCUUUACUUAGCGAGAAAGGAGGGUGCAGCAGAUAUUCUUGUAGCCGCCCUUGUAAGAAAUAUGGAAGCGUCAUCUCUGAAUUAACACAUAUUUCCACAUAUAUGAAACCGCAUUCCCCUCAUGAACCAAGGGGUCGGUAUCCAAAAGCAUUCUUAAUGUCGGUGUGGGCCUUCUGUAGAAUAGCGUUUUACCGUCGACACGUGCGUCACAAGCGUACCCUGCUUCACAGACAGGAAAAACGGUAUAGCGGUAACAUCCUUUGUUAUCUUGGGUGAAUAAAUUGCACAUUUUGAUGCCGCUGUGGUAUAGCCGAUAUGAGAACGUACCCGAGUGGUAUAUACAUACCCUGUAAUUCACGUUUUCCUGCAUGCCUAGUAUUGUAUCGCCAGACGUGUUGCAAAAUGUGUUGAAAUAAUUUAUCGUGUGAGAAACGAAGUUUGAUCGAGUGAUUUUCUGUACUGUCUCAAAGGCCUGUGACAGGCUGACUAUUUAAUAGGUGACAAUAAACACAUGU